CUGAGAACAGAGCCAGCUCCAGAAUUGCCUGCAAGUGACAUGCCCUCUCUGGAGCUUGUCCUGCUGGCUGCUCUUCUCCUCGGGGGUGGCAGUGCGGAAGCCGCCCAGGAGCACAUCUUGUUCAGUGUCAUCCAGAUCUCAUCCUUUGCCAACCAGUCCUGGGCACAACAUCAGGGCUCAGGUUGGCUGGGUGACAUGCAGAGUCAAGGCUGGGACAGCGAGUCUGGCACCAUCAUUUUCCUGCACACCUGGUCGAAGGGUAACUUCAGCGAUGAGGAGAUGAUAGAUUUGGAGCUGCUGUUCCGUGUCUACUUCAUUGGAUUCACUCGGGAGACGCAAGAAUACGCAGGUCAAAUGCACUUUGGAUAUCCUAUUGAAGUACAGGUGAGAGCUGGCUGUGAGCUACAUCCUAAUGACACUGCGGAAAGCUUCUUACAGGCAGCUUAUGGUGGAUCGCAUUUCCUGAGUUUCCAAGACAUGUCAUGGGUGCCAGCUCCAGAGGGUGAUAGCAGAGCCCAGAGUGUCUGUGACCUCCUGAACCAGUAUGAAGGCAUCAGAGAAACAACACACAGGCUCCUCACGCACACCUGUCCCCGAUUUGCCCUGGGUCUCUUCGAUGCAGCGAAGGCGGAUUACAAGAGGCAAGUGAAGCCGGAGGCCUGGCUGUCCACUGGCCCCCGUCCCGGUCCCGGCCGUCUGCUGCUGGUGUGUCACGUCUCUGGCUUCCACCCAAAGCCUGUGUGGGUGAUGUGGAUGCGGGGUGAGCAGGAGCAGCAGGGCACCCAGCGAGGCGACAUCCUGCCCCAUGCUGAUGGGACGUGGUAUCUCCGAGUGACCCUGGAUGUGGCGGCCGAGGAGGUGGCAGGUCUGUCCUGUCGAGUGAGACACAGCAGUCUGGGAAACCAGGACAUCGUCCUCCACUGGGGACAGCACCUUUCCGUGUACUUGAUCCUGUUGGCUGUGACAGUGCCCCUAAUGCUUCUGGUAGCCCUCGUGUUGUGGCUUAAGAAGCGCUGCUCCUAUCAAGACAUCCCGUGAGUUGCCUCGCCAUGCCUGCCCCAGGGCCCCGGAGCCUAGGACCACAGAGUGAUGGUGCUGUUCCUUCCAUCUUCCAUUUAAUUUUUUCCCUGUUUCUGCUUUAUAGUCGCUUGUUCACAUGAACGAGUUUCAUUCUGUAACUGUGUGGAAUGUUUUCCUUGUCUUCUCCAUCUGUUCAUAGUCCUCCUCUUUGGAGGCCCGUCUGGAUUCCAUCCUGCAAGGCGUUCCCUGACCCGCAGGUGGGAAGCCCUUCAACUCUGCUACAAGUGCACCUCACUUCUACGCUGCAUAUGGUCACUUGGGUCUUUCUUCCGCUUCCAGGGUGCAGGCUCCUCCGGGACAAGGUCAUGAUGAAGGUUCAUUUCCUGUGUGUAGUACAUGCUCCGUGAAAAUCAAACCGAAACAAACCGAACCCACAUUAGAGUCAGUGUCGUGCUGGUAGACUUUCUUUGUGAUGUUCCUCCCUCAUAUGGCUGUAGCCUUUGAAGGGCUGACACUUCCCUUCUUGUACCAGUGUUUCUUAGUUGGUCCAGAAAUCCCACAUUCCUUUCGCUUCUUCAUUUUCUCCCUAACUCUUAAGGAAAAAUGCAGGUUACAGAUCUUCCCUGGCUUCUCCUUUGUCUAUGCAAAACUGCAUGUCUGGCCACGGAUAAGCAGAAAACUGUGACGAGCUUUGCUCUCUCCUUGGUAUGUGUGCAACGUUCCACACCUCCAGGAAUAUGAAAGAGCUCCACAUCCACCAUGGCUGACUCAUUUCCCUGACAUCUGUGAAACUUCAGUGGCUCCAGUCUUUGUGUCAGCUGGAAUCACUGCUGUAGGCAAGAGUCACAUUGACCUUUGAUUCCUGCCACGGACUGCUAUGUUUCCUACAAACUCCCCGGACUUGGGCCUCCUCGUGGAGCUCCAAAUUUGGCCUUCCCUUCUGGUGACAGCAAGACUGCAGGUCCUCAGCCUCUGGGAUCACUGCGCCAGGGGUGGGGGAGCAGUUCUGGGCUGGUCACGAGGGUACAGCAGUUUCUGAAUAAAGUACUUCUCAAUCUGC